UUUGUCAAAUUGUCAUACGCGUCGCCGAUGUGUCAGUGGGCGAUCGUUGUAUAGCGUGUUAUUUGUGUCGUAAAUGUGGUUCGAUUAUGUGAUAAUGAGAAGACAUGCGCUUUACAACAUUAUUAUUAAGUGAUGCAUGUGUUUUGAGUUUAGUGUCGUGUUAAAAAACGUUGUUUUCAUUUGUAUGUCAUCGGACUCUUCAAUAUGGCGGCCCCUCGUCACAAAUCACAACAGAAAAAUAUAUCUUCGAUAUUUUCGAAGUUGCACGGGGCGUUCUCGGACGCGGUAUGCCCUACUAAACUUGCGACCGAUAAAAGGACAUUGGAUAAGACUUGGAAAUUGAUGGAUAAAGUUGUAAAAUUGUGUCAGCAUCACAAGAUGAAUUUGAAAAACAGUCCGCCGUUUAUUCUGGACAUUCUGCCGGAUACGUACCAGCGUCUGCGUGUUAUUUACUCGAAGUACGAGGACAAUAUGCAGGCGUUGAACAGUAACGAACAUUUUAACAUAUUUAUAAUUAAUUUGAUACGGAAAUGUAAGCAGGCUAUAAAGUUGUUCAAGGAAGGGAAGGAGAAGAUGUUUGAUGAGAAUUCUCACUACCGUCGUAACCUGACGAAGCUUAGUUUGGUGUUUAGCCACAUGUUGAGUGAGCUGAAGGCGAUGUUUCCGAACGGAACUUUUGCCGGUGAUCAGUUCCGCAUCACGAAGAGCGAUGCCGCGGAGUUCUGGAGGACUAACUUUGGAAACAGCACCUUGGUUCCAUGGAAGAUAUUCAGGGAGGAAUUGAACAACGUGCAUCCCAUAUCAUCUGGUUUGGAGACGAUGGCGUUGAAGACCACCAUCGAUCUCACGUGUAACGACUUUAUAUCGAAUUUUGAAUUUGAUGUUUUUACGAGAUUAUUCCAACCGUGGAGUACGUUACUCCGAAACUGGCAACUGUUAGCGGUCACGCAUCCAGGAUAUGUGGCGUUUUUAACGUACGACGAGGUCAAGGCGAGGCUCCAGAAGUAUAUACACAGGGCUGGCAGUUAUGUAUUUAGGUUAUCAUGUACGCGGCUCGGCCAAUGGGCGAUAGGCUACGUGACGGUGGACGGAGAGAUCCUUCAGACGAUACCACAGAACAAGAGCUUAGUGCAAGCUUUAUUAGAUGGAUAUAGAGAGGGAUUUUACCUUUACCCGGACGGUCGGGACGUGAACCCGGACCUCAGCAGUGCAAUCAUAUCACCAGCCGAAGAUCAUAUCACUGUAACACAGGAACAGUACGAGUUGUAUUGUGAAAUGGGUAGCACGUUCCAAUUAUGUAAAAUUUGCGCGGAAAACGACAAGGACAUCAGGAUAGAACCAUGUGGGCAUCUACUAUGUACACCCUGCUUAACUGCGUGGCAAAUUGAUUCGGAAGGUCAAGGUUGUCCAUUCUGUCGAGCAGAGAUCAAAGGGACUGAGCAGGUCGUAGUGGACGCGUUCGUACCACCACGCCCGCCGAACACAACGUCAGAUAAAAACACAAAGACUGCAGUAAAACCGGUGUCUUCAAAUUCAUCCGGUUCGUCCGGAUCGUCCGGUUGCAAUGGUUCCAGUGUAGACGUGACAAUAUCAGGCAGUGCGAACGGCUGGGCGUCAAGAAACACAACAUUCAACGGACUCACAGAUGACAUUGACGAUGCCGAGGAUUGGGCAGAAUUCAACGCAGCCACCUCUACAAUAGACGCUUUGAGGCCAUCAGUGCGAUCCCCGGGCGCUUCGCCCCGCCAUAGCCCGAGGGCGCCGCGUAGGGCUCCGCAACCUAAUGAAAAUGCGUAUGGGGAAUUACGGGCGCCCCCAUUACCGCCUAGGAAGAGCUUGUCUCCGGCAGAACCUGCUAUCGUCGCUGCGUCUAGUGUCCAAGAUAUAGCAGCGGCCAGUAGCGCUCAUACGGAGCCACGAAGACGAUCCUCAUUAGAACCGGAGCCUGACUCUCGACACCGGCUCACCUCCAUCAUCACAGGCUCCACGGAAACCAUUACAGGGGUCAUUGACACCAGACAUGAGGUGCCACCUGACCCAAGGGCCUUUGAAAAACCCCGACGAGCCUGCACGCCACAGUCAAACAGUCGUCCCCUUCCCGCACCCCCGCCCGAACGGCCCGCAGAAACCCCCACUCCCACCGAACCAAAACCAGAGCGACAUCUACCAGACAACAGAUACAAUAACGAAAGACAAGAACUCCCAAACAGACAGGAAAGACCACCAGAUAACCGACAUCCCCCAAAUCCCCCCGAAAAUAGGCACCCAAUCCCCGAAAAUAGACACCCAGUCCCCGAAAAUAGGCACCCAGUCCCCGAAAAUAGGCACCCAGUGCCCGAAAACAGGCACCCAGUCCCCGAAAAUAGGCACCCAGUCCCUGAAAACAGGCCAAAUGACAGACACGUGCCAGAACGUCACCAAGAAAAUAGGCCAGAGAGGAUGGAGAGGCAAGACCGCCAUAUCCCCACCCCAGAGAGGCAAGAAAGGCAUUUACAAGACAACAGACAUGAGAUCCGAGUAAUGGAUAACAGACAAGAAAGGCACAUUGCUCCAAUCGAUAAAUCGGAGCGACAUUUGCCUCUAUCAGAUUCCCGGCAUACGGAUUUCCGUUUGCCUCCAGAAAGACCACCGGAGAAACCUGAUAGAAUUAUUGAAUCUAGGAGUAGUUUCGAUCGGGAGACUAGGCUUGAGAAUAGGGCGCCGCCUAGGCAAAGGUCCUUGCCUGCAACGACAAGUGGGAGCGUCGACCAGCCUACGAAGUCCACCACAAUGCCUAAGUUCCCCUCAGAAGAUAUAAAAGACCCACCGUAUGAAAAUGUGGCUGUGGAUAAGAAUGAAUUGGCUGUAGCACCUAAAAAAAUCAACCCGCUCACGCACGACAAACACGGACGGAAAUACGGCGACAAUGUGUCGUAUGAAAACAUAAAUUUAGAUUAUAUCGCACGUUUGGUAGGUGAGGGGUACCCAAAAGACAUCGUGGUACGCGCAUUGGGCAUCACACGUAAUGAUCUGGAAAUGGCCUGCGAUAUACUACAUGAGUUUGGAUCUAAAGUACCUAAUAAGUGUUAAAAGUAGAUAGUUUGUUCUUUAAAUUGGGCGUUUCGUAAAGUAUGUUGAGGUUUAUAUCAUGGUUGCUUGUAAAUUUUUGUCUUUAUCGUCAUAUUUAUUCAUAUUCAUAAUUGCCACUAAUGAGAGUUGAGGUCUUUUCUCUGUGUUGGAGAAAUCGAUAAUGCGUUUUGCUUUAUGAUAUUAUCAAUAAUAGCACAGAUCUUUUUUGAGUGGAAGAAAUCAUCCAAUGACUUCUCCCGCCCGGGUGAGGCGAGAGGGAGUGUCACUCUUACUGACUAAAAACCACCCUGUUCCUACUCCUGCACUUCGAGCCGGAGCUCCGGCAACCCUUUAGGUUCUCCGCGACAGGGGCUUAGGUCUUCCAAAUGAACCAUUUUGGUUAAGUCAAGUCAUCCACAGCUCAUAGCUCAUGGGUUUAAUAGUAAACUGUAAAAAUAUUAGAAUUUAUUAUAUCUUGGAUGUAUACGACAUAUAAACCUCAGCAUACUUCAUAAAAUAUCCGCAUAACAGGUUUAGUAAUUCGUACCUUAUGAACUAAAUAUAAGUCUGAUUUUACCGUGUACAUAUUUCAGUGUCAUCGUUUGUUUAUCUUAGAAAAAUAAUUCUUAUAACGCUAUACAUAGCCACUAUUUCACUUUGAGCAAUAGCUGAGAUAAUAAUCCUAUAGUGUAUAACGCUUGAUACGGGUCUAUCGUAAUAAAAGCAGAAGUUUUUAACAGGUUUAAGUCGAUUUUGCGCUGACUAGAUGGCGCUGGUGAUGUUAAAAGUCAUAGGCCAAUUUAGCAGUCCCAAGUUUACUCACUAAUGACUUGAUAUUGGUCAUUUGACCGCUGCGCUAGCGCCGCUAGUGGCGCCACGAAUACGAUCUAUAAGAAACGCAUUGAAGAAAAUAUCAUUGAAUUAUUAUAAUUCUAAUAACAGUAAAAUAAGUUAAAUCAUUUAUUAGACUAAUAAAAAAAAUGU